UUGUUAAGUAGAGCUAAAAAAUUUUGGGGAUAAAUUUUUGAGGGCUACGCUAAACAGCUGGGAUUUAUCAGCUCUGCAAUUUCUUUUCUGCUGUCCUUUGCCACCGACAUCUCGAUGCAAUGGCGAUGCCCAAUCUUCAAACAGGUAACCACUGCUAUGGACUCAUUUUUUUAUUCGUUUUCAUCCUUAAUUCGCCCUCUCUCUUUCUCUGCAAACGCCAACCCCGCACACGCUGAAAAGUUUUUACGAAACAUCUCUCCUACUUCUAGUGUUUUGCAAUUCAAUAAAUCCAUUAAUGCCCUCUGUAAAUCGGGCAACACAAACAAGGCCUGGGACUAUUUCCAUUUAGCCAUAAGUAAAGGGCUUCCUCUGGAUGUCAUAACAUGCAGUACGCUUUUGAGUGGACUUGGCCAUGUUGCCGAUUUUGGAAAAAUCAAUGUGCUUCUUGCUGAAAUGAAAGAUCUGGACAUAAAUCCAGAUGUUAUCACUUAUAGUACCCUUAUGAAGGCUGUGUGUAAAAGGGGUCGUAUUGAGGAAGCACAUGAGCUUCUGCUCGAAAUGAGGAAGACCCAUUGUUUUCCAGAUAUUGUUACAUACAGCACCCUAAUUGAUGGUCUCUGCAAGAAAGGUAGUAUAGAUGAAGCUUUGAUAUUAGUAGCUCAAAUGAUACAAGAUGGCCUUUGUCCUGAUAAGGUUACAUAUAAUACCCUAAUUAAUGGUCUCUGCGAAGUAGAUAUGGAAAAUGAAGCUCUAAGGUUAUUGGAGAGAAUGAGAAAUACUCAUUAUUCUCCAGAUAUUGUCACAUAUUCCACCCUGAUACAUGGUCUCUGCAAAGUUGAGAGAGUAGAAGCAGCCAUAGAAUUAGUAGCCAAAAUUAUACAAGAUGGGUAUUUACCUGACAUUUACACUUAUACUAACCUCAUAGAUGGAUUUUGCAAGGCUGGUAAAACAGAUGAAGCCUACAAAUUGUUUGUACAAAUGUUGGAGUUUGGUCCUUUUCCUGAUGAAGUGACUUAUAGUGCAGUUAUUGAUGGAUUGUGUAAAGAUGGCCGAAUAGACAAGGCUUGGGAUUGUUUUCAAAACAUGUCCAGAAAAGGUUUGCAGCCAAAUGUGAUUACUUAUAAUACUUUGAUAUGCAGUCUAAGUGAAUCACAUGAGGUGGAAAAGGCUCAAAAGUUGUUGAACGAGAUGGUAAGAAAAGGCUGCUCUCCAGAUGUUGUUACAUACAACUCUCUGAUUACUGGUUUAUGUCGGAUUAAAAGGGAAAGUGAAGCAUAUAUUCUCAUCUCUGAGAUGAAAAACACGGGCUGCCUUCCCAAUGUAGUCACAUAUACUAUUCUGAUUUGUGCAUUCUGUAGGAUGGGACACAUGAGAAGAGCAUUGCAAAUUUUAAAGGAAAUGACAACGAUGGGGUUGAAACCUGAUGAAGUAACAUACACCACAAUUGUUGAUGGUCUGUGUAAGGCAGGUGAUCUUUCUAGCGCACAUUCACUGAUAAAUAAGAUCAUAGCUCAAGGCUUGGCUCCUGAUGUGGUCAGCUAUACUGUUUUGAUUGAUGCUCAUUGCAAAGCUGGUGAAAUGGAAAAGGCUCGAAAGCUUUUUGAAGACAUGAAAACGGUUGGCCUUACUCCAAAUGUUGUAACCUAUACUACGAUGAUUGACGCUUUGUCCAAAGAAGACAAACUUGAAAUUGCUUUCUCAAUGGUCAAUGAAAUGAGAGCAAAGGGUUUGGUUCCGAAUGUUUUCACAUAUAACACAUUAUUUUGUGGGUUCCGCAAAAUACAUGACUUGGAAAAAACCUUUUUGUUGAUGGAUCAUAUGAAGAAACAAGGUUGUGCUCCAUCUGAUGCAACUGUUAAGAUACUCCACUGGCUGAUUGAUGUUGGUCAGUGGGAAAAAUUAACAGACUUUGUAAAUAGUGAUGCUUUUAUUAUUUCUAAAUGAGCACAAUUCAUUGCCUUAGA